UAAGCCGGGGGUGGGCCGAGAGACAGUUCGCAGCUUGGCGGUACACGGGUGCCUGUGCCCUUCCUGUCCUGAGACCCACGAGCGCUUUCCUUGGUCUGAAGCACCUGCCUGGUUGGGACCGCUUGGGGGCGUGGCCGACGGCAGGUCUCUGCUGUACAGCGUUGUCGCUUAGCCACGCAGAGACCCUUUCGGAUUCUUGAUUCCCACUCGUAAACCUGCAGCUAGACAGAGACCCCCAAGAGAACUCGGUAAGCACACGUUGAGCCUCUGCCUUGCAGGUGGACCGGCCAAGUUCUAGGAAAAAUUGGGGGCUAUGCCUAGAGGCCACUUUGUGAAAGCCUACAUUCCCCUCCCCUUUUCCUCUGAUUCGGGGACACCUUCCCUUGUCUACUGCUCUCCAGCCUCUGGGGCCUCUCAUCCUUCCACGAACCGGUGUUGUUUGGGGAAGGUCGACCCCCUGAAUCUAGUUGUACCUGAGGGGCUGGGGAGCCAGUGUUUAGCCUGUUCUUACCUGAAAGGAGAGAGGAAGGGAACUAUGGGAGGAAACCAGAACGUUAGUAAGAUGGGGUCUAAUGGUAGCGGGAGGUGAAUUAGAGUAGGGGACAGGAAGGAUGUUGGGUAGAGGUGUGUUUUCUGAUAGUUGUUGCUGGACAGUUCCAUGCAAACCAGAACUAAUCUGGAAGAGAGUCCAAGUCUUCUGGGACCCCAGAACCUACCCCCCCCACACACCUUGUUGCAUGGAGCUGAACCAGUGCUAAGGGGUGCGACUGUUUCUAGCCCUGAAUGUGGAUAGUUCAUUUUGGCCACCUUCCACAGGAAACCUGGUGUGAGGGACAGAACAGGAAGGAAGCAGGUGACUGUCACCAAUGUCAGUUCAGAAUUCUGACUGGUCCCUCCAACAGGACAAUCCUAUCUUCAACAUAGAUCCACCAGUCAACACAGACAGUGAUUCAGGCCACCGGCCAGUACAGGGCUAUGGGGAUAUCUCUGUUCAGGCUCCUACGUCCUCGAGCUUGGGCCCACCUUGCCCGGAUAUCAGCCAAGCUUCAAACUGGCCUGGCUUUCGGACCCUCCUGCAGCAGCUUCCACCACAGGACAGUGAUGAACGCUACUGUUUGGCCCUAGGGGAGGAGGAACUGGCCCAACUUCGACUUUUCUGUGCCCAGCGGAAGCAAAAAUCUCUGGGACAGGGGGUGGCCCGUCUACUGCCUCCUAAGCUUGAAGGCCACACUUGUGAGAAGUGCAAGAAGCUGCUGAACCCAGGGGAGUAUGGAGUGUUCGCAGCCAGGGCCGGAGAGCGGUGCUGCUGGCACAGACCUUGCUUUGCCUGCCAGGCCUGUGGCCAGGCCCUGACAAAUCUCAUCUACUUCUACCACGAUGGGCACCUGUACUGUGGCCGUCAUCACGCAGAGCUGCUGCGACCUCGAUGUCCGGCUUGUGACCAGCUGAUCUUCUCCCAGCGCUGCACCGAGGCCGAGGGACGGCGCUGGCACGAGAACCACUUCUGUUGCCAAGACUGCGCAGAGCCCCUGGAUGGGGGACGUUAUGCCCUGCCGGGGGGUAGCCCGUGCUGCCCCAGCUGCUUUGCGAGACGCUACAGAAGUGGGGGCUCUAGCUCAAUAGGGGCAGCGGAAGGACAGGCGUCCCUUGGUAAAGGAGGGGAUGGUGCAGAUCUUAAUGGGAGGGAGCGGCGGCUUGGGCUGAGCAUGGAAGGGGGUAAUCUCCCAGGCCAGAACCCCUCGCCCCAUACCCACGCUGUCCUACAACAACCACUGCUCCAGCAACACCUCGUCCACCCACCGCAACCCCCAGACGCGAGCAUUGGGGCCCGCAGUUCUCACCGCGCGUCCCUGGCCUGCGAGCUCCAAGGGCCUCUUGAACCCACUCGGCGGGGCUGCGGCGCCGGACUCGCUCCCAAGCGGGGGAGGCGGUCGCCCACUGGUGGACGGAGGCGGGGGCCCCUGGGGUAGACUGGCGGCAGCGGUGGCGCGCACGGCACAGCCUGGGGCGGGGCGGGAGGCCGCACGCAACCCUGGCCCGCCUCUUGCACAGAGAUUUGGGGGCUCUGAG